AUGCCAGGCGCACUCAUCCUCAUCAACGGCUUCCCGGCAGUUGGGAAGCACAGUGUUGCGCGCGAGUUGAUCACGCUCCUCCCUGAAUGCAAGUUUUUGGAUACGCGUAACCUCGUCGCGGCCGCAUCACAGCUCUUCCCGCCCACAGACGCGGCCCAUGGUCUGUUGCGCAAGAAUCUUGUGCGCCUCCUUCUUCCUCCUUGCUCGGCUGAUCCCUCUCAGAAACAUGCAAUCUUCGACUCGAUCGCACGCACCUAUUCCUCGCCCAACCCAACCCGCCCACCCCCAAUCUACAUCCUCACAGACUUUCUCUCCGUCGCCGCCCGGCCCACGGACCGUGAAAUCAUGUCCGAAUUCAUCGCCUUUGCCCAGUCCACCGGCUUCGCCUUCAUCCACGUCAUUCUCGGAUGCAGCACCGACGAGAACGUUCGUCGACUGGCAUGCUCCAAAGGAAUGGAGGUCGCCACGCUUCUGGAGAUGCGGAUGGAGGAGGAGAUUGGGCAUAUGGCACCCUUACCCGGACUUGUUGGCGAGUUCGAGCUCGAUACCACCGCCUUGGACCCGCAGAUGACGGCUGGGGUGUUAGCCGAGUAUUGCCUUGAUGUGCUCCGGGCUGAUGACUGGUGGAUCCACCUCAAUGGGGCCAGCGUUCGUCCGUCCAGCGUCGUGGAUAAGACCAUCUCGCCUAUUGACGAGGUGCCCGAGCUGGGCAGAGAGGACGAACGCAAGUCGCACUCGCCGAGUAAGCGCUCGUCGGGGAAGCUCAGUCUCUCGCUCGGUAUUAGGAAGUCGUUCUCCGCGGGGUAA